AAUAAAGCAUUAUUAUGGCAACUAAAAGCUCAUUUUUGUUAGUAAUUGCAGUUCUCCUCAUUAUUAGUGCUGCCAACUCCCAAGAUACUCCUGCGCAUCUCCAGGUCUUUGAUAGCAGUUAUUUUCCUGAUGGUUUUAUCUGGGGAACAGCCUCAUCUGCUUAUCAGGCUGAAGGUGCAUCUGAGAAAAGAGGAGUUAACACAUGGGAUACAUUUACCCAUGACUACCCAGAAAGGAUUGAUGAUGGCAGCAAUGGAGAUAUUGCCACUGAAUUUUAUUAUUUAUAUAAAAAUGAUACCAAAAGAAUGAAUAAACAAAUGAAUAUGAAUGCUUUCAGAUUCUCCAUUGCAUGGUCAAGAAUAAUACCUAGUGGGAACAUAAGCGCAGGAGUAAGUGAGGAGGGAAUCGACUUCUACAACAGAGUUAUUAAUGAAACUAUAAAAAAUGGAAUGGUGCCAUUUGUAACUAUAUUUCAUUGGGAUGUUCCUCAAGAAAUUGAAGACAAUUAUGGUGGCUUUAGAAACUAUAGCAUAGUGUCCGAUUACAAGGAUUACGCAGAGCUUUGCUUCCAAAGAUUUGGAGACAGAGUGAAGCAUUGGAUAACUUUUAACGAACCGCAUAUUUUUACUUCACAAAGCUAUGAUUUGGGUAUUUUGGCUCCAGGCCGAUGCUCCGCUUGGGUGAGUAAGGCUUGCGUCGAAGGAGACUCAGGAACCGAACCUUAUAUAGUGGCUCAUAAUUUGCUCCUUGCUCAUGCCGCAGCUGUUGCAUUAUAUAAGGAACAGGGUUUUGAUGGAGAAAUUGGUAUAACACUUGAUCUCACAUGGGUAGACCCUUACUCCAGCAGUAUAGAGGAUCGUCGAUCAGUCCAUCGGUACCUUGAUUUCGUAUUUGGUUGGUUUAUGGACCCCGUAACCUACGGUCAUUAUCCAAGAAUUAUGCGCGAGUUAGUUGGAAAUCGAUUGCCAGUAUUCAAUAAAACUGAAUCUAACUCUCUAAAAGGAUCAUAUGAUUUUGUUGGUAUCAACUAUUAUACUUCAAAUUUUGCCUCUGGCAAUUUCACAGUUGAUCCUGAUCCAACUCAUCUUAGAUAUUCAACAGAUAUGCUUGUUAAUUUGACCUCUUAUGAUAUAACUGGAAAACCCAUUGGAGUACAGGCUUCUCCGUCAUGGUUGUAUGUUGUUCCGGAAGGACUUGAGAGUGUUCUAAAAUAUGUGAAAGAUGUGUACAAGAAUCCAAUCAUAUAUAUAACUGAGAAUGGAGUUGGUGAUGCCAUAGACCUUUCUCCGGAGGAUGCACUUAAAGAUAAAUGGAGAAUAUCAUAUCAUAACCAGCACCUCUGGAAACUUCUUAGAGCCAUAUGUGAUCACGGCGUUAGAGUAAAAGGAUAUUUUGCUUGGGCAUUCAUAGAUAAUUUUGAGUGGGCAAAUGGGUAUACUGUAAGAAUGGGAUUUUAUGCUAUGGAUACCAAUAAGAAACUGAUGAGAAUUCCAAAAUUGUCUGUUGAUUGGUUUAAGGAAUUUUUGAAAGACAAAUCGGGCGGUCCAAAAUGCAAUAUUCCAGAAGUGAUCGUGGAUUCUUCUUUAGAGGAUGAGGAAGAGCUUUAAACAUAUUAAUGGACAGAUGAAUAAUCAUUCUACUGGUUUUAUUUUAAAUAAGUUUGAAGUCCAUGCAAACAUAGUUCACUUCUCAUGAUGUUCUUUAAAAUUUUAAAAUUUUAUGUUGGAAUUUCCUUUUUCUUUUUAUAAUAAUAAUAAUAAAAAAAAUGUGUGCUUUCGUAUUA